AUGGGGAACCUUUCCACAUCUCUUAUAAUCUUUCAAGCCAGCAGUAGCAAAAUAAAAGGGAGAAUUCCAAAUGAAGUUGGGUACUUAAGCAGCUUAAUAGACCUUGAUCUUUCUGCAAACAACUUAGCAGGAUCGAUUCCUACCUCAAUCGGCAACUUGAUAAACCUGCAGGGAUUGUUCUUGAGUAAGAACAAACUUACAGGAUCUAUCAGUGAUAAUCCAUGUAAAUUGCAGCGCUUGGAUGUCAUCGACUUGACUCAAAAUCAACUUUCAGGUUCUCUUCCUAAUUGUUUAGGAAAAGUUACUUCCCUUAGAGAGAUACAUAUGGGUUCAAAUAUAUUGAGUUCCAAUACACUACCAAACUUAGGGAACCUUAAAGAUUUAGUGGUUCUUGACUUAUCGUCAAACAACUUCGUUGGUUCUUUACCUUCAGAAAUUGGAAAUCUAAAGGUUGUGACACUGAUAGAUCUGUCAAUGAAACAAUUCUCCAAUGUAAUUCCUCAAGAAAUUGGAGGAUUACAAACUCUGGCGUAG